AAAUCUCCACCUCCACCAUCUCCAUCUCCACCACCUCCAUACUACCAUCAAUCUCCUCCUCCAUCAUCUCUAUGGCCACCACCACCCUUCCAAGACACGUUUUCACCGCCACCUUCUCCAUCGCCACCAUCAUCUUAUUACUAUAAAUCUCCACCCCCGCCAUCACCAUCACCGCCAUCAACUUAUUACUAUAAAUCUCCACCGCCUCCUUCACCAUCAUCGCCGCCAUAUAAUUAUUACUACAACUCACCACCACCGCCGGAAGUUUCAUCGCCGCCACCUCCCCCUCCACCUCAUCCACAUGAGCUCUUGGUUAAGGUUGUUGGCACUGUUUAUUGCUACAAGUGCUAUGAUUGGAAACAACCUGUGGAUUCUCACAUCAAAAAACUCUUCAAAGAUGCCGUUGUUAAGGUGACUUGUGAGGCUGGAGACAAUACUUAUGUUGCUUAUGGGAAGACCAAAAACUUUGGAAAAUACAGCGUUACUGUGAAAGGAUUCCCUUACUGGAAGUAUGGAGCAAAGGCUUGCAAGGUCGAACUACACGCUGCGCCAAAGGGCUCAAAGUGCAAUUUUCCCACCGACCUCAAUAAGGACUCCCCACUCAAAGUAAUAUUCAAAUCACAUGAGCUCAUUGUGCUUAAGGCCAAGUCUCUUGCAUUUGCUCCAAAGACUCCUUAUGAGGAGUGUGACAAACCUAAACCUUCUCCAUACAGUUAUAUUUCUCCCCCACCACCAACUCCAACCUAUUAUUAUAAGUCUCCGCCUCCUCCGUCAUCUCCUUCAUACUACAACUCUCCUCCGCCGUCAUUCCCAUCUCCCCCAUAUUCUUAUUAUUAUAAAUCUCCACCUCCACCAUCUCCAUUUUUGUCACCCCCUUAUUACUAUAACUCUCCACCCCCAUCCUCACUGUCACCUGAUCCUCCUCCAUACCACUAUAGCUCGCCACCACCUCCAUCUCCUUCUCCACCGCCUCCUUACUAUUAUAAAUCACCACCACCACCCUAUUCAUCUCCUCCUCCUCCACCAUACGACUACAACUCCCCGCCACCUCAACAUUCAUCUCCGCCACCUCUAGCUCCUUAUCACUAUAAAUCUCCACCACCACCUUCUCCAUCUCCACCACUUCCUUAUCAUUAUAAAUCCCCACCGCCACCUUUACCAUCACCUCCUCCUCCAACCUAUUAUAACUCCCCUUCACCUCCAUCACCAUCACCACCCUACCACUAUAGCUCCUCACCUCCACCAUCUCCAUCCCUUCCUCGUAGCUCCAUGUUAUUUUAA